AUGCAUCGCAUUACGUCUGAAGCUCUCUUCCAAAAGUGGCUUGCCACCAAUGAUUUUGCCAUACAUGAUGAUGUGCACGUCAAGUUGGUGGAGUCUUCGACCGACGAUACGCCUUGUGUGGAACCAAAUGAUCCAGAUGCUAGGAUUAUCACAUUCCAUCCCUUUUAUUUCUUCUUGGGCUUCAUGUUCUCGUUGUCGAAUUUCUUCAGGAAGGUGUUCUGCGCCAUGGAGUGUGCCCCCAACCAAUGUACUCUGAACGUUUAUCGUGCAAUCAUGUGUUUUGAGAAUCUAAGCCGUUUCUUCAAGCUGGAUUUGACGGUGCUAGAGUUCUUCUACUUCUUCGAAGUGAUGCACUACAAGAAGUAUGCUUAG